CGCGGCUGGCGAAGAGAGGCGGGACACGCUGGGGCUAAGUGGCGGCGCUGGGGAGGGAGGAGGGAGAGCGGGAGGAGCAGCCGGCUUCAGUGCUGAGGCGAACGGGAAGGGAGAGCAGCUGGUGCUGUCCACGGAGCCGCUGGUGCUGAACCUGGGAACUACGCCCAGCCCUCUCGGUCUCGCCCCCCUGGCAGGAAGGCUUCCCCGCCCCUCCGCGCUCCACUCCGCCGCCCACCCAGAAUCAACUUGGCAAAGGAGCUUAUCGGACGCGAACCAAAUCGCUCUGUCCUGCUUCUCGAUGCCCUCCUAAACGCGGGAAUUUCUUCGGAGUUUUACUGGACUCUUGGGUUCCUUUUUUUUUUUUUUUUUGGCCCUUCCUUUGGAGCGUUCCAUUUGGGUCUUCGAUUGUUCCUGAAGCAGAACAUUAACAAGAAGUGGAAGGUUAUAUAUAUAUAUAUAUAUUUAAUAAGCAGGAUUCUUGCACAAAAAGGCUCACGAAAAUAAAAUCAAACAAAAAAAGGGGGAGGCUAGGACGUUUUCUCCCCGGGGAAGUUGGUGACUGUUGGAUCAGAAAUGAAGAGACAUGUAUGAACCAGUUAUCUUGCAAUGCCAAUACAGACAUGCAGAGGGCCUGAACUUGCAGCAGAUCUUGAAAAGAUGUUUCUGUGGUGGACAAUUGUUUCUUUCUUUGGAUUCAUUUUACUGGGUACGGAAGGAUGGCCAGCGAAGGAAGAAUAUGAUUUCAAACCCUACCAGCCUCUAGUACGAUUACGCCACAAGGAAAAGAGCCCAGAGAGUUCAAGAAAUAAAGGGUAUGUGGGUCAUGAUGGUCCUCUGGCAUCCUGUGAAAAUAAGUACUGUGGUUUGGGUAGGCACUGCGUUAUUAACAGAGGAACAGGACAAGCAGAAUGUGUCUGCAUGGAACACUGCAAGCCUCACUACAAACCUGUGUGUGGUUCAGAUGGUGAAUUCUAUGAAAACCACUGUGAAGUACACAGAGCUGCCUGUCUGAAAAAGCAAAAGAUUACAAUUGUUCACAAUGAAGACUGCUUUUUCAAAGGGGACAACUGCAAGUCCAUUGACUACAACAAGAUGAAAAAUUUUCUUCUGGAUCUACAAAACAGAAAAUACAUUCUACAAGCAAGAGAAAGAAUUGUCGAAGAUAAAAUGGCUUUGAAGAAAUUACUGGUGGAUCAGAUGUUUAAAUAUUAUGAUUCAGAUAACAAUGGCCUUGUGGACAGCAAUGAACUAACACAGGUAAUAAAACAGGAUGAGCUUGGCAAGGAUCUGUCUGACUGCUCUCUUUUCGAUCUGUUGAAAUAUGAUGAUUAUAACAGUGACAAGCACCUAGGCCUGGAAGAAUUCUAUAGAGCAUUCCAAGUAAUUCAGCUGAAUCUGCCAGAAGAUCAGAAAAUAAGUAUCACUGCAUCAACAGUAGGACAAAGUGCAGUUCUAAGUUGUGCCAUUCAGGGGACCUUGAGACCUCCCAUCAUCUGGAAGCGGAACAAUGUCAUUCUGAACAACUUAGAUUUGGAAGACAUCAAUGAUUUUGGUGAUGAUGGGUCCCUGUACAUUACUAAGAUUACUACAACUCACAUGGGAAAUUAUAGCUGCUAUGCUGAUGGCUACGAUAAAAUUUAUCAGACUCAUAUUCUUCAAGUGAACGUUCCACCAGUCAUAAGAGUUUUUCCAGAAAGUCAAGCCAGGGAACCAGGGGUUACAGCGAGUCUCCGAUGCCAUGCUGAAGGUAUUCCCAAUCCACUGCUUGGCUGGCUAAAGAAUGGAAUUGACAUAACCCCAAAGUUGUCCAAACAGUUAACUCUUCAAGCAAAUGGCAGUGAAGUUCAUAUUAGCAAUGUACGUUAUGAAGAUACAGGUGCAUAUACCUGUAUUGCAAAGAAUCAAGCAGGAGUGGAUGAAGACAUCUCUUCCCUUUUUGUGGAGGAUUCUGCUCGAAAGACCCUUGCAAACAUACUGUGGAGAGAGGAAGGUCUGGGAAUUGGUAAUAUGUUCUAUGUGUUUUAUGAAGAUGGAAUCAAAGUGAUACAACCAGUAGAGUGUGAAUUCCAGAGACAUAUUAAGCCUAGUGAAAAGCUCCUUGGAUUUCAGGAUGAAGUUUGUCCUAAAGCUGAGGGGGAUGAAGUCCAGCGGUGUGUCUGGGCAUAUGCUGCUAACGUAAAAGACAAGUUCAUCUAUGUAACUCAACCCACCUUGGAUAGAGUGCUGAUUGUUGAUAUACAGUCCCAAAAAGUUGUGCAGGCAGUAAGUACAGACCCAGUUCCAGUGAAACUUCAUUAUGACAAAUCACAUGAUCAAGUAUGGGUGCUAAGCUGGGGGAACUUUGAUAAGAACUCUCCUACAUUACAGGUGAUAACCCAGGCCAGUGGGAGUGUUUCUCACCAUACAAUUCAUACUCAGCCUGUUGGGAAGCAGUUUGACAGAGUGGAUGAUUUUUUCAUUCCAUCCACAACUCUUCUCAUUACUCACAUAAGGUUUGGAUUUAUUCUUCAUAAAGAUGAGCCUGUGCUCCAGAAAAUUGAUCUUGAAACUAUGUCAUACAUCAAGUCAAUUAGUCUGAAGGAUUACAGUUGUGUUCCACGGUCUCUGGCUUACACACACCUUGGUGGAUACUACUUUAUCAGCUGUAAGCCUGAUACUACUGGGGCUGUUCCGCCACAGCUAAUAGUGGAUGGUGUUACCGACUCAGUUAUUGGAUAUAAUGGUGAUGUAACAGGAACUCCGUAUAUCUCUCCAGAUGGUCACUAUCUAGUCAGCAUUGAUGAUGUUAAAGGUCUCAUGAGGGUCCAGACCAUUUCAGUUAGAGGAGAAAUACAGGAUGCCUUUGACAUUCACACCAACUUGCACAUAUCUGAUGUGGCUUUUCAAUCAUCAUUUACUGAAGCCCAUCAAUAUAAUGUCUUUGGUAGCUCUAGUACACAAACUGAUGUGCUCUUUGUGGAAUUGUCCUCUGGCAAGGUGAAGAUGGUGAAGAGUCUUAAGGAGCCUCUUAAGCCAGAAGAAUGGCCUUGGAACAAUAAGAACCGGUUAAUUGAGGGCAGUGGUCUCUUUGGCCAAUACCUGAUGACACCUUCCAAGGAAUCCCUGUUUAUUCUAGAUGGACGACUGAACAAGCUGAAUUGCGAAAUCACUGAAGUUGAGAGAGGAAACACAGUAAUUUGGGUUGGAGAACCAUAGGAACUGUAUGAGAUAACAGUCGAGUGAAUAGUUUUACAGUACAUUGCACUUAUCUCCACCCUCACAAAUUUUCACAGGUUUUUUUUUUAAUUGUUAGACCCUUCUGUACAUGUUGUGUGGUUGACUGAGAUGCAAUUUUGGUGAAAUAAAAGAUACUGAAUUAGUGAGUAACAUUCUGUGUAAUAUUGAUGACCUCCUGAGGACAGAUUGGCCUACUGGUGAAAAUAUUAAAUUUAUCAUAAGACCCCUCAGUAUAUGAAAAAUGACAUUAUGAAUUGAAACCACAUUUUAAAAUGGAGAGAAAUUAUUUUUUCUCUUAGAGAGAAAAACAUCAUAUUGACUUAAUCAGAUCUAUUGAACUUUUCAGUUAUGCACUAUGUAUAACUUUAGAUUUCUUAAACUGAAACAUCCAGCACUGCCCCAUCCACUAUUUAAUCUUUUUGUGCCUUGAAGGGAAAUGUCUCACAAGGAAAGAGAAGCCUAGGAAAUAUGUAAUUUUAUUCCCGUUGUGGAUAGAGGCUUUCUUUUUCCCUGAAAAGAAGCUUUUGAUAUCUCGAGUUUUUCAUCUCCAUCAGGUUGUAAAGCAUGUUUUUUAAGACAAAAGGAAAGAUAUAUUUGCAACAUUUUGUGUUCUCAUUUUUUUAUUAUAACUGUGAGGAUAUAAUUUUUAUUGCAGGUUUUAGUUGAAAUUCUGUUAACUGCACAUCAAACGUUGACCCCCUUUUGUAGCAGUUAGGUGAUUGUUUACUCCCCCAUGUAUAGCAGAAUUGCAUCAACAGGAAGCUUCAGUUCUACUGAAGGGAAACAUCAUAUGUAUCUGCUUAGGAGAAAACAUGUUUUGUCCAACCAGUACCAAGAAGCUUCACUUACGCUGGCAAGCAAACUGUUAUUUUUACAAAACAGAAAAUCAAUUUCUUACUAGAUGUGCAUUUUUAAAGAAUCUGUAUAACAAUUGAACUAAAAAAAAAGACGGGGAUUUAGGUCAUGUUCCUAAGUCCCUUAAUAGAAGUAAGUUCUAUUGAAAUCAAUGGGACUAACCUCUAAGCAAAUAGAUUAGGUUGCUAGACACUAGGACCUUCAUGUGUACAUUGUCUGUCACUCACUUUUCCUCAAUACUUUUGAUAAAAGUCAGUAAUUUUUUCUAUCCCACUCCUGCCAUUAGAUUACUACUGCAAGGUAUUAUUCUAUAUUGUUUGUUUUUGUUUCAUGAAUUAUUUCCCUAGUUUUGAACCUUGCUUAUGCAUCUAUAUAGGAAUGACAAAGGUUCUAAAAUUUAGAAUCAUUGUAGCCAAUUAAAUGAAAAAAUAUAUAUCUGCACUCAAUGAAGUUAGCAGUAAAACCUUUCUUCAGAUUUCCGGUAAUAAAAUAUGUGGUUUUGGUUUGUUUGUUUUUUAAAAUUUAUGUUUCUUUAACUAAAACAUAGGAUUUUUAAUUGACCUCUGUUUAUCCAAGGCAAUCAGAAAUUUUACUCUAGUUUUUCUCCCAUGUGUAAAGUUGCAUAGAAAUUUGAAAUUUUCUAGCAUUGUAUUUUCUUGUGUGUAAUUAGCAUUCUGCGCUGUGAUACAGUAGAAUUCUCUUUAGCUUAAGGAAACCAGCAGAUAGAUUUAAUUAAACAAAAGAAUCAACUUACGUUUUUAGCUACUGAAUCCUUUUAAUAAUUUUUCCCAUUGUGAACAAAGAACCAUGUAAACUGUCUGUUAUUCAAUAAUUUACAGUAGUCCAUCUCCUAUACAUUUUCUUCUCUAUCUUACACCAUGUCGAUGUUCUGUAUGUAGAAAAUGCUUGAUAAAAGGAGAAUAAACCCCUUACAUUUUAAA